UUCCCAUCGCACGCAGGGGAACUUGCGCUGCUUCUGCCCAAUGUUCGACUAUUCCUGGUUGACUCCUUCUUCCCUCUUAUCGACCCCCUCUGCCUUUCUAUGUAUUGUGUGCCUUCGUAGCCGUCUCUGCUCAAGCAGUCUGAUGAUUCAAGCAGCGACCUGAUUCAAUAGCAAACCGCUGCAGUUGACGAUGCUGGACAAUUCGGGCAACGAGUCCUUCGAAUCUUUCGAGGAGACUGAGGGUGAUGAAACCAGCAGUAUUCAGCCCCUAGAUAGUAGCACGAUGGAAGUGUUCGGAGCACGCGAAAACAGCAGAGUGACGAUUGUGCGCACAAGCAAUGCGAACAGCAGAGAUUCGUAUGUUAUUGAGGAUUACACGGAUCUGCAGAACGAUGACUUGAUACAUGUGGUGAGCAGCAUGGAUAUGAACGUUGACCCCUGGCAAUUGAAAUUGAGAGCUUGGAUGCGUGAAGGUCACUGGACCAUGCAGUGCAUUGCACUUUGGGCUUCAGCAUUUCUGACACAUUCCUACGCCUACCAAGGUCCGAAGGUUGGUGGCAACUUGGCACAAGCCACCGUAGUCUGUCUCUGCGGCUUGGCUAUGCCUGAGUACGCAGCGCCUUGUGCGGUGGGCGCCUACACUGGGAUUGUUUCCGAGUUGCUCGCCCCUGAGAUGUCAUGGUUUGCUUUUCUUUGUUUGGUGACCUGCAUAGUUUGGCGACUGGUGUCCCACUUUAAAAUAUUUGUUGGUUUGGGUGGUCGUCUCGGCUUCACAGCUUUUUGCUCAUGCCACUUUGUGCAGAUUGCUGUGCUCAUGCCUUUGGGGGUCGUGGAAAACAGUGAUCAUAACAUGCUGGUCAAGAUCAUAUUCUUCGGGCGCCAAGAGACUUGGUCGUACGAAUAUUGUCGCUGGGAUGUGCAUUUGAUUUCUCUAGGUUUCUGCGUCCUGGGCGCUGUCAACUCAAGGUUCCUUCGCCAACUUGGGAACGCAUUAGAGAAUCCAGUUGUUGGAGCGACGUCCGGAUCGCUGCUUUGCUUUGUCAUAUUUUCAGUCAGCAGUUGGAGCUCUGCAGACGUGGCUAUGAAUGGUUACGCAGUUGGUUCAUUUGUAGGUAUGGCAUCAUUCGAGAUGUUUCCGUCAUCUUUGAGCUUCGCUUUAGGGGGAUUAUUGGCUGGAGGGUUUAUUCCCUUGCUCGAACCCUUGUACACGGGAUGGAGUGGCAAGCAGGGUUUCUGUGCGCUGAUGGGAUGCAGCACAUUCUUGGUUAUGCGGCGGCUGCUGAGCAAGUGCACAAAGCUUCAAACCGACACAUGAGAAUGAUGACCGCAGCAUUUGAUAGAGUACUUCAGUACCUCACUCCCCCAGCAGUGCUUGCACUGACGGGUUCUGACCUGCCUUGCCUAAGGAAGUUGAUGGCUGUGCCGAGGCGUUCGUGGGCAAUGUGAAACACAACAAAGUUUGCACCACGUAAUUAGCUUGCACCGCAUAUUUUGUACAUGCAUUGCACCACAUAGCUUUCCU